AUGGAUUCGAAUUCUCCUCCAGUUUUUGAUGGAGAAAACUAUCAGAUGUGGGCUGUGAAGAUGAAGGCAUACAUGAAGGGUGCAGAUCUGUGGGAAACUGUCGAAGAAGACUACGGGGUGACUCCUUUAGGAGCAAAUCCGACGCUGAACCAGAUGAAGAUCUAUAGAGAUAAGGUAACGAGGAAAGGUAAGGCUAUGUCAUGCCUCUUUGCCUCGGUACCAUCAUUUAUCUUUACUAAGAUCAUGAACAUGACCAAUGCGAAGGAGAUGUGGGAUUCUCUGAAAGAAGAGUAUGAAGGAGAUGAGAAGAUACGGGGCAUGAAGGUUUUAAACCUGCUCCGGGAAUUUGAGAGACAGCAGAUGAAGCCAAACGAGACAGUAAAGGUUUAUGUUGAUCGUUUGAUCAACAGUGUGAGCAAGAUAAGGAUCUUGGGCACUGAAAUGACUGAUGAGAAGAUAGUUCAGAAGGUGAUGGUGUCUGUUCCAGAGCGUUUUGAAGCCACCCUUGCUUCCUUGGAGAACACUAAGGAGUUGUCACAAUUGAAACUACUGAAGUUCUUAGUGCUCUGCAAGCGCAAGAGCAAAGAAGGCUGA